AUCAUGUGCUGAUGCUACUCUGCUUCUUCGCUGGCCCGGCAGGCCGGUGCACACUUUGCAGGAGCGGGCUUUGUCAUAAUCUUCUUUGUAGCCCCAGCCCUAGCUCAGCAGCGGAGCCCCUCAAACCUCGGGAACUCCUCCCUGCAAAGGAGCCAGGACGCCCUCCCUCAGGCUGCCUUUAAUCAGGGCAGGGUGACAGAGGACCUCCACAGAGUUGGCGGUGACUGCCUUAGCAGUCAGGCCUCAGGGCCCGGGCAGGCACAGCCAGCGGGACUCGAAGCAGGCUGGCGCCGGGGCUCGGGUAGCCGCCUCACAGCUGCAGGCGGACUGUAAGCGCGCGCGCGGUCGCCAUGGCAGCGCAGCCGCCGCGGCCAGUGGGUGAGAGGAGCAUGGGGAGCCCCCGGGAGGCCGCCCGUGCGCCGGCCAGGUCCCCGGCUUGGGCCUCCACUCAGGCUAGUACUCCGGGCGCGGCCCUGGCGGUUCAGCGCGAAUCUCCAGAAUCUGGUCUCCAGGAACAUUAUUCUAAUCUGUGUAUGGAAAAAUCCCAGAAAAUUAAUCCUUUUAUAUUGCAUAUACUCCAAGAGGUGGAUGAAGAAAUUAAAAAGGGGCUAGCAGCAGGAAUCACAUUAAACAUUGCUGGUAACAAUCGCUUAGUGCCAGUAGAAAGAGUUACAGGUGAAGAUUUUUGGAUUCUUUCCAAAAUUUUAAAGAAUUGUCUGUAUAUUAAUGGUUUGGAUGUUGGAUAUAACCUUCUAUGUGACGUUGGUGCAUACUAUGCUGCGAAACUGCUUCAGAAACAACUUAAUCUCAUUUACUUAAACCUCAUGUUUAAUGAUAUUGGGCCCGAAGGUGGAGAAUUGAUUGCUAAAGUGCUACAUAAGAAUCGGACUCUGAAAUACCUAAGAAUGACUGGAAACAAAAUUGAAAAUAAAGGUGGAAUGUUUUUUGCUGCAAUGCUGCAAAUUAAUUCAUCCUUAGAGAAAUUAGAUCUGGGUGACUGUGAUCUGGGAAUGCAAAGUGUGAUAGCAUUUGCUACAGUACUAACUCGAAACCAAGCAAUUAAGGCAAUAAACCUAAACCGACCUAUACUGUAUGGUGAACAGGAAGAGUCUACAGUCCAUGUAGGCCGCAUGUUGAAAGAAAAUCACUGUCUUGUUGCACUACACAUGUGUAAGCAUGAUAUAAAAAACAGUGGUAUACAACAGUUAUGUGAUGCACUGUAUCUGAACAGUAGCCUGCGCUACCUUGAUGUCAGCUGCAACAAAAUAACUCAUGAUGGAAUGGUGUAUUUGGCUGAUGUACUGAAAAGCAACACUACCCUGGAAGUAAUAGAUCUUUGCUUUAACAGAAUAGAAAAUGCAGGCGCAAACUAUCUCAGUGAAACUCUUACUUCACACAACAGGAGUCUUAAAGCGUUGUCAGUAGUCAGCAACAACAUAGAGGGAGAAGGACUUGUUGCACUUUCACAAUCAAUGAAAACAAAUCUCACUUUCUCUCAUAUCUACAUUUGGGGAAACAAAUUUGAUGAGGCUACAUGUGUAGCAUAUUCAGACUUAAUUCAAAUGGGUUGUUUAAAACCAGACAAUACAGAUGUGGAGCCAUUUGUGGUAGAUGGACGUGUAUAUCUUGCAGAAGUCUCCAAUGGCCUUAAAAAGCAUUAUUAUUGGACAUCAACUUAUGGAGAAUCUUAUGAUCACUCAUCUAAUGCAGGUUUUGCUCUUGUUCCAGUAGGUCAACGGCCAUGAAAAAGUAGCUCUAAAAUAAUUUUCAUACAUUUGUCUUAUUGUUUCAUAGAGAUUAAUAUUCUAUAGCCUAUUUUCUUUUAUAAAUUAAAACAAGUUACUUUUUUCAAAUGUGUAAAAGAUAAUGACUGUAUUAAACUUUGUAUAACUGUCUAUUGUGAAAAA